GCUGAAAGAAUAAUGUACAUAGUAAACAUAUAAUUCUUAAUCAUAGAAUGAAAUUGAAGAAAGCUCGAUGUGAAUCCAAUGAAAUUAUUAUAGCAAAAAGCAGCUGUGUGAAGAAAACAAGAGUUUCUCCUAACCAGAAUUUUAUACUCCUAUUUUCAACAAAAUUAUGUUUGAAAGCCAAGAUGCUAUAGAUUUAAAACAACUGAAGCAUUCAACUGGAAGAAUACCAGAAGUGAAACAUUUACCUUUGAAGCUAUCAAAACUUGCUGUGCAUAGUAAAUGCCUCAAUUGUAGGAUGUGUGUCAAUAUACUUCGAAAGCAUGCCAUUAGGAAGCCUUUUAGGUCUGAUACAAUUUACUUCCCUAAAAAGCAAGUCAGACACAUAAGUAUGUACAGUCCUGUGCAUUACAGUUUGAAAAAUGAUCUGGUUAGAAAAUGUAGCAAUAAAAUCUAUAUACCCAAAAGAAAUGGCUGCACAGAAUAUGCAGCUAGGAACAUGAAAACGGGCAAUGGUUACCAGUUUGAAGUGAUUAGCAAAUCAUUUUGUCAGAUAUUCCAAGAAGACAAAGUUUCUACACCAGACAUUGUUUUCUAUUCUGUGGGCUUCACUGUUUUGUGUACUUCUGGCUCUGUAUACGUUUUGCACCCAAAACUAAAUUUCUCCCACAAAAAGUUGCACUUCAGGAGAAUUCUCACUGCAAAGCACCUAAAUUAUUUCAGAUUAAAAAUAUGGCUAAAGACCAAAAGAAAUCUAAUGUUUAAAACAUUUAACUCACAAGGAUUUCCUGAAAAAGAUACUAAAUUUUUAGUUGGUAAUAAAGACGAGAUAUGUAAUCAGCCUGACCUGGAAUGUUUUCAAUGUUUAGCACAGAAAUACUCUAAAAUAAUUGACUCUUUACCAAUUAAUAUUGAUGAAUUGAAUCUGUGCCACAAAUAUAGGAACAGUGUACCUAUCUAUGAAUUAAACAACACAAAACACUGCAUUGCUUGUUUUGCAGUGUUUGUCAAUGAUAUUUUUGAAAUAAUAUUAGAUUUCUGUCAACCAACUUUGGAAGUAAUUAUCAUAUUAUUGAUCAAUUUAGAAUUUCAUGUGCCUUUCCUUUUAAAAGCACAGGAAAAUGUAAUUGAAUUUUGGGAUGGAUUUUACAUCGAGUAUUUGCAAUCUUUAGUUAUGAAAACGAUCCAGCUUCAAAAAUUAAAUUUGAAAUUGGGUAAUUCCUCCUGGAAAAUGUUUUUUUUAAUGACAGAUCUAAUUAUAAUCACCAGUCUUAAUGUGAAUGAAUUGAAUUACCUAUUAGUGAUAAUCUUGCCAGAAGCUUUUGGUGCUUUUGAAGAUUUUCCUAGGCCCAAGGUGACUGCACAUAUAUUUGUUGGUAAUGGCAUUUGUAAGAUGCAUCAAAUGUUGCGAUAUUUAAAAGAUAAUGUCUCUUCAUUUGACGUGUGUACUCAAUAUAAUGGUGUAGGAAAUUUAUGUGAUAGGUUCUCUGAAGGAAACCAUUCAUCAUCGAAGGUACCAAAGGAGCACUUUAAGCCUUUAAUUCCAAGUAAUAUAUUGGCCUCACCAGCAUUAAUAAUGGAUAUAAAAGCUAGAUAUCUUUCCUUUUUCAGACAGCUAUUUUGUUAUAAGUUAACCAAACUAAUAGAUUUUAUUGCUGUUUUGGCAGUGUCUGAUGGUGCCGAAGCCAAAAUAUAUUUGCUGAUAGCAAAUAUAUUCAAAGCUAUAAAACUAAGGUUGUCACCAGUAGCUAUUAAACACAGAAAGUUCUGUUUUAGAAAUAGUCUUCAUACCAAAGCUUAUAAAUCAUUCAGUGAGAUUUAUCUUUGUAAGAAUCUGUUUGAUUGUUCACAUAUUUAUUUGCAAAUUAAAUUAUUUGAAAAGGCAGCUGUGCUGAUGAUUAUAUGGAAAUCAUCAGUUGUGUUUCCUUUUGAUCCAUUCAAGCAUGCAUUUCUUACAACAAACAUUCUUUUAAACACAAAGGCUUCUGUUGAGAAUUUUUAUUCUACUUUUGUUAAUUAUAAACAUUUCCAACAAGGACUCUUUUUUUAUUCAAAAUUAUACAUUAAAUCAGGAAUAAGGGAACAAAGUUAUUUUGAAGAAUUUACACAGAGUUUAGAGUGGGGGAAAUAUGGGAUAAAACAUGUAUUUUUAAAUAUGAGAAUUAAAAUCAUGAAAUUCUGUAAAUUUAAUGUGAAUAUGUUAAUGAUUAUGGCCACAAGGUAUCUUUUGAAAAGUGUUCAUCAAUCAGACAUAGUCAGCAAACAUGAGAUGUUGCCUUCAGAUAUUUUACAUUCUUUAAGUUAUGAAAAAUAUUUAUCAUUUGCUAAUCAUUUGAGAAUUUUAAGUCAGAGUUUGUUUAAUUUAUUCACUUCUCUGAUUACAAUAUAUACUAUCACUGAUUAUGAUUCCUCAAGAGACCUAUACUGUUCUUUACCCAAUUGCAAAUAUAAUACUCAAUGUUUAUGUGCAAUAAGUGGUGUAAGAUUUGGUAUCAUGGGUUUCAGAUUAAUUAGAUUUCAGCUGUGGUUAGAUUUUCCAUUUUUCAAUUUACAUUUAGAAAGAAAUGAACAAUUAUGUGCUGAUACACAAUUGAAUCCAUCUCUGUGUAUUGGCCAUGAUAAAAUAAGUAGAUUAUCAAUGUUGAGUAUAAUCUGCAAAUACUUCUCAUCAGUAGAACAAACUAAAAUAAAAUUCCUAACUUUUUCUUUGAUUAAAACGUAUAACAUUUCUAGAGUAUUUACUAUCGAUUAUCAUGUAACUGUUUUUCAUUGUAAUGGGUUACAUAUAAGAAAACAAUUAAAAAAAUGUCUACAUAUAGGAAAAACUGACCCAAAUUAUCCUACCUCUUCAGAUAAAUAUAAAGAGUUUUUAAAAAUUUUCUGUAACUUUUCUAUUUGUGAUAAAACCUCUAAGUUGAGACCAUUUGAUCCAAAGCCAUUGCAUAAUUAUGUUGCAAACAAAGAAACUUCACAAACAAUGUCAAUAGUUAAAAGAAAUCAUUUUGGAGACUUGUGGGGAAAUUCUGUCAGUUUGAAAGAACUUUUGUUUGGCAUAAAAAAUAAAACUAAUUUUCUAAAAUCAGACUUAUUUUUAAAUACUUCUCCAGCCAAGCUGUUUUAUCUGAAGUCUUCAACAAUGCAAUUUUUUAAAAACUUUUUAAAUGAAAUCCCAAUCUUAAAUGUGACAUAUACUUUGUGUAUAAUACCUGUUGAGAGUUCUUCAAAGCCAAAAGAGAAUCAUUUCUUUGAUGUACCAUGUCACCCUACAAAAUCAUCAAAGCACAAAUCUUUGAAUGAAUAUCCAUCUGAAUCAGAAAAGACUGCACCUUCUUCUCUGAGUGAUGUUCAAAACAAAUCCAGCAGUCCACACAGCAGUUCCAAUUACAGACAAUCGCAUACACAAUCAGUGAGCUGUGCACCUUCAAACACGUGCAACAAUGCACCAGCUGACUUCAGUUUAGUACCUUCUCUGCCUUUCACAGCGUCGUUAACGGACGAAAUAACUAUUAAAGAAUCUAAUCACGGCUUCUAUUUACCUGAGAUGGACAGCAUGAUGCCAACUAGUAAAACAUUUGUACCAAUAGACAUGGCUAACAUACCAGUACCAACUUAUGGUUUCAUGAAGGAUUCCCAUUAUUACGGAGGAGAUAUGUAUUUUGAUAAUGGCCAAGGAUUUUUAUAUCCACAACCACCACCACCACCACCAACACCAGCAGCAGCAGCAGCAGCAGCAGCAGCACUUAAAAGACCAAUUAUCCAGAGAGCAAUUCCAUAUUUAGACAUGAAUAAUAUUAGUCACCAUCAAGCUGUGAAUUUUCCUUCACCUAUCGCAAAUGGAUAUGAAUCCUUUUCUAGCAAAUUUCAAAGAAAACCAAUUCCUCAUUUGUCAGACUCUUCACUUAAGGAAACUUCUAUGAGACGAAAAACCAAAAGAUAUCAACGGAAAUUUUCUGCUUUUCCUCCUGAUCCUGAAUUUGAGGCAGCUUUCCGCAGAACGAUGGUCGAGCAGUUUGCAACUUUCACAAACUACCCGUUUGAGUUUAGCAAAUGGUGUUUGGAAUGGUCUCAGUGGGACUACGGGAAAGCAGCACAAACAUUUAUAUACAAUGGUAUCUAACUGGAAUCAUAAAAGUCCUCAACUCUGUGUCUCAUUUCCCAGAAAGUAGAUUCUUCAGGUGGCCAACUGAUGGAGUUGCCAAAAAAAUCAGAUUAUUUUCGUGAUAAUCAUUCUGGAUCUGUGUUCUAAGUUCAAAUUUCACCAAUUUCAAUUUCUUGAAGUUGAUAGAAAAAAUCCAGUCCCGCAUUGAUGUCAGAUCUUCUCUUUUUGUCACUCUUUUUCUUCUGUCCAUCUGUCUCUCUCUCUCUUUCUGGAAGAAAUCACUUGUAGUCAGGGAAGGAGAGGAAUGGGCUCCACAAUGCAAAAUCGCCCAAGACAUACCACAGGCAGCGCUCCUUGUAACUCCCUCAAGGAGUUGUGGAUCCAAGUUAAAAAGAAAACUUUACAAUAUUUACUUUCAGAAAUAGAAUUCUUUUGAGGUGGGUUUUGACAUCUAAUC